AUGACAGACGAACGUUCUCCCAUCGAGAAGAGCUGCAAUGCAUGCGGCAAAACAGACCCCGGCACCAGAAGCCUUAAGAAAUGCAGCCGCUGCGAGUCAGCCUGGUAUUGUAGCCAGCCCUGUCAGAAGAUGGAUUGGAAGUUCCACAAGGAGGCCUGCACAAUCAAAUCCCAAGCCAACGUCCACGCCAAAGCCCUCUCAAAGGCAAUUGCAGGAGCAGUCGCAGCAGCCGCCGCCACCUUGGCCAGUCCUCCCAGUGACGAAAAACCCUCGGAGAGCAAUCACAGAUUCGCAACCGACAAAUUCGAUGUCCUAGAUGCUGAAAUUGCCAUGCCCUUCCACCAACUUCGCUCCAACAGGUGGCUCCACGACCGGUCUGAGAGAGACGUCUUCAAGCUGCUCAUUGACUCCUACCGUCUCCGCGUGGGGGAUGACCGUCCCCACUGCAAGGACUUUCUCUAUGCAUGCAUCGAGGAUUUUGGUCGGUACCUACGACAAGCUGAGAGUAAUAGACAGUUGAUGCCCGAGUGGUGGACUAGUGAAAAAGGUGUUGAAUGCAUGUUGUUCGCUUCUGAUGGCGAUGACUGGAGCACCGCGGUGGUCGAUGUGUCGGAGAGGGAUAUCCAGCGAGUUGUUUAUGACUUUGCAGAUGCGGGUUUUGCUGAGCAGGUGCUUGGGAGUGGGUCUGGAGGGAAGAACUUGAUGUCUACUAUUGAGAUUUACUUGAUUGCUGAGCAAGGGAAGCUUCUUACUCUGAUCCCGAGAUAG